AUGAUGCUCGCCAGCAUGACGGCAAAGCCAGUGCCCUCUGUCGAGAUCGCGCCGUCCGUCCUCAUGCCCAUGCUCAGCUUCGGCAUCACGAUGCAGCACUCCCUCUUCCUCGCGCUUGGCGGCAGAGGGCUCGAUACGGCCUUCGACUAUGGCGACAAAUACCAGGCGGAGCUUGGCCGCGCCGUCGCCACCUCUGGGCUCCCGCGCUCGGCGGUGUUUGUGACGACCAAGGUGCCAUGCUGCGCCUCGUCGUUCGUCAAGGACGACGUCUACUCGAACCACUGCCACGCGAGAAGGAGCCCCGAGGAGACGGCAGCCGACGUGGCGCACGACCUCAGCGUGCUGGGCAUGCCGUUCGUCGACCUCCUCCUGAUGCACUGGCCGUGCGACAGCACCGCCGACACGGUUGCGACGUGGCGUGUGCUGGAGCGGCUCGCCCUCGACGGCCGCGCGCGGGCGAUCGGCGUUUCGAACUUUAACGCUUCGGCCAUCGAGAGCCUUCUGCCGCAUGUCAAGGUCCGGCCCGCCGUCAACCAGUGCGGCUUCAGCGUCGCCGGCCACUCUGGCAUCCGGUACAGGAACCAGACGUGGGGCCGCGAUGACGCCACCCUCGCCGCAUGCCGACGGCACAACAUCACCCUGAUGGCGUACAGCCCGCUCGGCUCGGCGGCGCCGGGCGGUGUGCCGAGGGUGCUGAGCGAUACAAACGUGAGGGCGGUCGCGGCGGCGCACAACCGGACCGCGGCGGCGGUCGCGCUGCGGUGGCUCGUGCAGCAGGGCGUGCCCGUCGUCACGCAGAGCGACAAGAAGGAGCACAUGGUCGACGACCUCGAGGGCGUGUUCAGCUUCGAGCUCACCGACAGCGAGAUGGCGCGUCUCGCGGCGAUCCGCUGAGCCGAGCAGUCAGCAGGGGUCGCAAUCGGGGGAGACCGCGCGCCACGCCCCAGCGCCAAGGCCCGCACGCACCUCAGCCUGGUGGGCCUGCGCCGUGGCAGGCGACGCAUAGCGCCGCUAAGGUUCGCGAGGUUUGCGGGCCCCUCACUCGUUGAUGUGCGCGUUUUGUGCACGUUCAUGUUCGGCCCUGAGGGCCGGGUAGGAGGGGUCUAGGUUACCUCUACCUC